UAAAACAUUACGAAGUGGUCGAAUCAUCGCUAGAAAUGCCGGAGUAUACAAUCUCGGGGAUAACAGUGCAUUUCCCUUUCGAACCCUACGAUGUACAGACAGCGUAUAUGGAAAAGGUAAUUACUUGCUUGCGCGAUGGCACAAAUGGAGUAUUGGAAUCCCCAACAGGGACAGGUAAAACGUUGAGCCUUUUAUGUGCAUCUCUGGCUUGGCUGCUAUCACGUAAAUCCGAAAUGCAAUCAUUAGUGCAACUCCACGCAAGAGGUGGCGCUGCAGCUCAGCAAGCAGUGAACGAAUUCAAUGCAAUGCAGGCGAGAAACGCUAACUGGGGCGUUCCAAAAAUUAUAUACGCCUCCCGUACGCAUUCUCAAUUAACACAAGCAAUGCAGGAGUUGAAGCGUACCUCGUACUCGUUUAUGCGCGCUGUGGUGUUGGGCUCACGGGAUCAACUGUGCAUUCACCCAGAAGUUAUGCGCGAACAAGGCAAUUCCAACAAGGUGCAACUUUGUAAAUUGCGCAUACAGACGCGAACUUGCACAUUCUAUAAUCGCGUCGAGUCAAAGAAAGACAGUGCUGAAUUAAAAGAAUCGUCCGUAAUGGAUAUAGAAGAUUUGGUGCGAGUGGGGCAAAAACUCAAAGUAUGCCCAUAUUAUGUAUCCAAAGAGUUGACCAGCGAUGCGGAUAUCACGUUUAUGCCGUAUAACUAUUUAUUAGACCCUAAAGCACGUAAAGCUAAUAAAGUGGAGUUGAGCAAUACAAUUGUUAUAUUGGAUGAGGCACACAAUAUUGAAAAAAUUUGCGAAGAAUCGGCAUCAGUGCAAAUACGCUCAUCGGACAUAGCGUUGGCAAUCGACGAUGUGACGCACGUGAUGAAAUCAAUGAUGAAUGAAAAUGCAUUGGAUUUUAUGAGCAGUGAUGAACCAAAAGAUUUUAAAUUGGAGGACUUAGCAUUACUUAAGGAAAUGUUGUUGGAUCUGGAGAAGGAGAUUGAUAAUAUUAUUGUUGAAAACAAAGCAGAAGGAACAACAUACCCCCCUUCGUUCCUGUUUGAGAUAUUGGCAGCGGCGAAAAUAACACCAGUUAUAGCGCCAGCCACCAUAAGUUUACUCGAAAGACUCGUUCAAUACAUGACUGUUCAGUCACAAGGUAGUGCCUUCCGUAAAGGUGGUUCUUUUGAAAUGAUUUCUAAUUUACUAAGUGUUGUAUUCAUCAAGAAGGAUGAUCUUAUAGCGAAAGUCCACAAAAGUUUUAAAGUUCAUGUACAAAUUGAAGAAAUUAAACAGCAGCAUAAAGGUUCUAAUAAGGAUGGUUGGCUAUCAAAGGCGCCUAGUACUAGUACGGUUUCGUCGAAAUUACCCAAAGUUAUUAACUAUUGGUGCUUUAAUCCUGGUUUCGGCAUGGAACAACUAUUGAAUACACAAGUACGCAGCAUAAUUUUGACAAGUGGCACCCUUGCACCGUUGAAACCAUUAAUAGCUGAACUAGCGGUACCAAUUGCACAAAGCCUCGAAAAUCCACACAUUGUUAGUCAGUCGCAAGUUUUUGUCAGAAUCAUUGGUACUGGACCUGACCGCGAGCAGCUCAUAUCGAACUUUGCAAAUCGUGACAAUCCUAAGUAUCUGAGCUCAUUGGGCCAAACAGUACUCAAUGUGUCACGCAUAGUGCCGGAUGGUUUGCUCGUUUUCUUCCCUUCCUACCCUUUGCUCAACCAGUGCGUAGACGCUUGGCAGGCCAGCGGUCUUUGGGCUGAGGUGAGUAGGCAUAAACCAAUUUAUGUAGAACCACGAAACAAGGAGAGCUUUACUACGUCUAUGGAGGAGUUCUACAAAAGCAUACGUGAUGCAAAGGGCGCUUGUUUCAUGGCAGUAUGCCGUGGAAAAGUAUCCGAGGGUCUCGAUUUUGCAGAUCGCAAUGGCCGUGCAGUUAUCAUAACGGGGCUUCCAUUUCCACCACUCAAAGAUCCAAAAGUGAUUUUAAAGAAACGCUAUUUGGAAGAUAAUCGCACGAAAGAGAACGAACUAUUAUCAGGCCAAGCAUGGUACAGCUUAGAGGCUACUCGUGCUGUGAAUCAGGCAAUUGGACGUGUCAUUCGUCAUCGGCACGAUUAUGGCGCCAUUCUGUUGUGUGAUGUACGUUUUGAGCAGCCUAGUCAGGUGUCCCAAUUAUCGAAAUGGGUUCGCGGUUAUUUAGGCGCCUCUCCCAGAAGCGUGCCCUUCGGUUCGAUUGUGCGAGAAUUGCGCGAAUUCUUCCGGAAUGCUGAUAAAACUUUACCCAAACCAAAAGAGCGUAGCAUAGAGACGCUUGUGAGCGAAACAUGUGAAGAAGCUGGCAUCGUGCAGAGUCGGUACUUCUCAGACCCUAAAUUAGUGCUUAGUAAAUUUGCCACAGCGCAGUCAAUGGCAAUGAAGGUCGAGAAAACCAAUUCGAUUGAAGGCUGGACCCCAGAUGACUACAAAACAGCCGCAGGCCGCUCACAAAGUAGUAAAGUACCGAGCGCAAUGGAUUUCAUGAGUCGACUGGACACCAACGUAAAGGUGAAGUAACACAACUGCAACCGUCAUCAUUGUUCUUACACUGGCGCUUUUUUCACAAAUUUCUCGCAGGCUAUAGAUUUCAAUAGUACCAACUGCAGCAAAGCCUCGAGCAGUGGUCAGGUUAGCAUAUUCAAGCGUGAG